GAGAGAAAAGAAAAGUCCGGAAAAUUAGCAGAACUUGGAAACGAGAGAGAAACAAAACAAACGCGUAUAGAUUUUUUCUUCUUCUCCAUUUUCUCAGAGAUUUAGCUUUUUCUCUUCGUGAUCGGGAACGUACUGAUCAGAUUCGUGACCCAGCUAGAGAGAGUUUGUGAUUGGAAUGUGCUGAGGAACACUCAUUUUGGGCUCUAAUAAGCCAAGCGGAGUGAUUUCGCCAGCAUGGGGAUUUUCAAUGGUUUGCCUGUACCUUCGGAUAAAACUUACCUUAGGGAGGAGCUGGCACGAAUAGAUGAGAGCUGGGCUGCUGCACGAUUUGACUCUUUGCCACAUGUUGUGCAUAUCUUGACGUCGAAAGACCGUGAAGGUGACAUUCAUAUUUUAAAGGAACAAAGCGAUGUUGUCGAGGAAGUUGUGGAUGAAGUUGUCCAAGCUUAUCAUGGUGGUUUUAACAAAGCUAUUCAAAACUACUCCCAGAUCUUGCGAUUAUUCAGUGAGUCCACUGAAAAAAUUGGCGACUUGAAGCACGAUUUAGCAGAAGCAAAGCAGAGCUUGGGUGCACGCAAUAAACAAUUACACCAGUUGUGGUAUCGUUCUGUUACACUGCGGCACAUCAUCUCACUUUUGGACCAAAUCGAGGGCAUUGCUAAGGUUCCAUCUCGUAUUGAGAAGCUCAUUGCCGAUAAGCAGUUUUACGCUGCUAUUCAAGUGUAUCUCCAGUCGUCUCUGAUGCUUGAGCGUGAGGGGCUUCAAACGGUUGGUGCUCUUCAAGAUGUCAGAUCUGAGCUAACUAAGUUGCGAGGAGCUCUUUUCUUCAAAAUUCUAGAUGAUUUGCAUGCACACCUGUACAAUAGAGGUGAAUACAGUUCAGUUGCGUCAAGCAUAUAUGAAAGAGAUGAUGAAGUACCAACAACAACAGCUGUUGCAGCCAGUCGAAUGAGCUCACAACCACUGUCUCGUAGAACACGGACACUGAAAGGUGAUACUCAGUUUGGUGUUAGAGGGCUCACAAAUGGUUCAUAUAGAACAGCUUCUAAUGAUGAAAGUUCAUCAUUUGAUGGACAUGAUGAAGAGGACUCCGUAGAACAUGAUGAAGCCACCACGGAUAGUGUCAGGAAUGGCACUGAUAGUAAAUUGCUUGCUUACCACCUUCCGCCUUGGCUUUCUGAUUCCACUCCGGACGAGUUUAUAGAAGCAGUAAGAAAGAGUGAUGAUCCACUGCAUGUGAAGUAUCUACAGACCCUUGUUCAGUGUCUCUGCAUGCUUGGCAAAGUUGCAGCUGCUGGUGCUAUCAUAUGCCAAAAACUUCGACCCACAAUUCAUGAGAUCAUAAUAUCCAAGAUUAAAGCCCAUGUGGUGACUACAAAUUUGUCAAAGUCCGCCUGUAGUCAGGGUGAUCCGAGUGCAGCUGCCGGAUUGCAUUUUAUCAAAGGGCAGUCAGAGGCCUACAGGUUAGCAAAAGAGAAACCUCAAAAUGGGAUAUCAAAUUCAGGAACUCACCUUGCUGUGAGCCCUGUUUCGCCUCUUAUGGCUCCUGGAGGCAAAGCGCAGGCUGCAGCAAAAGAACUUCUUGACUCAAUUUUAGAUACUAUUGUCAAGAUAUUUGAAAAUCAUGUUGUUAUUGGAGAGCUUUUGGAGUUGAAGGCUUCGCAACAUGACAUUAACACACCAAAGUCAUUGCCUACUGAUGUGAAUUGGAACACCGAGUCUGAAGCAUCCCAAGCUACUGGAGGCUAUACUAUCAGUUUUCCCUUGACAAUCUUACAGAGUGAAUGCCAACAACUCAUAUGUGAGAUUCUACGAGCAACUCCAGAAGCUGCUUCAGCAGAUACUGCUAAGCUUGCAAAGAAGGCUCCAAAGAAAGACAAAAGGGAUGCACCUGAAGAUGGGCUAACAUUUACCUUUCGGUUUACAGAUGCAACUGUAUCGAUUUCUAAUCAGGGAGCUGAUCUCAUUCGUCAAGGUUGGGGAAAGAGGGCUCCAAAUGCAUCACUGGAAGGUUACGGAUCUGCAGCUGUUUUGCCUGAACAAGGAAUAUAUCUAGCUGCAUCUAUUUACCGGCCUGUCCUUCAGUUUACAGAUAAAAUCACCUCAAUGUUGCCCAAAAAGCAUUCCCAGCUUGUGAAUGAUGGAUUGCUUACAUUCACUGAGAACUUUGUGAAGGACCACCUGUUACCGAAAAUGUUUGUGGACUACAGGAAAGGCGUACAACAAGCUAUAUCAAGUGCUGCCGCAUUUCGUCCCCGUGCACAUACAAGUACUACUUACACCCCAACCGUAGAAAAAGGCCGACCUAUCUUACAAGGUCUUUUGGCAAUAGAUCUCCUUGCAAAAGAGGUUCUUGGCUGGGCUCAAGCCAUGCCUAAAUUUGCUACUGACCUUGUGAAGUAUGUUCAGACAUUUCUUGAGAGGACAUUUGAAAGAUGUCGAACAUCAUACAUGGAGGCUGUUCUAGAGAAGCUCAGUUACAUGCUCAUUGGGAGGCAUGAUAUUGAGAAAUUGAUGCGGCUUGAUGCGGCGAGUGCUUGUUUGCCAUCUCCGCUUGGUCAUGCUGGUUCUCACUCUGAGGCUGUUUCCACUGACGUAGAACUCAGUGAACUAUUUUUGAGCUUGCGACCUAUCAAGCAGGAUAAUCUUAUUCGUGACGACAACAAACUGAUUUUGUUAGCCUCUCUCAGUGACUCGCUUGAAUUCGUGGCAGACUCUAUUGAGAGGCUUGGACAAGCAGUUCCUCGUGCGGCAAGUCAAGCUGAAGAUAAUAGCAGAAAUCAAGCAACUUCUCCUAGGAAUCUGGCAUCAUUUGCUGAUGAGUACAGAAAACUUGCGACUGAUUGCCUAAAGGUUCUUCGUGUUGAGAUGCAAUUGGAAACAGUCUUUCAUCUCCAGGUAUGUGAUUGAUGUUCCGUUUGUAAA